GAGUCAGUCGACUCUUUACCUCAAGACCUAUGCAUCUCACUGGGACGCCCGCCCUCCGCCCCCUCAGUCAAAUGCGAUUGAGUUCCUCAGCAGCAGUAGCAGCAGCAGAAGGAGGAGCAGGAGCAGGAGCAGCCUCAUCCUCCUCUCCGGAUGAAGCAGCAGCAGCCACCAAAGCAGCGCAAGCCAACUACAAAAUCGUGCAAGACAUCUCCAACUUCUCGCAAACCGAAGCCAGCCGCGCACCCUUCGACCACACGCCCACCCCAAUUGAGGUAACCCGAUCCCCCUACCCAAGCUGGACCUACGGCCAAGGCGUGCCGGAUAACGGCGCCAGCGCCAGCAAACUCCACCGCGAGAUCGACCCGUACGCCGCCUCCCGCCCAGCCAUCAACAACUACCGUCUGCUGGUGUCAGGCAUCGCCCCGCGACCCGUGGGCUUCCUGAGUACCGUCUCCGGCGACGGCACGACCAAGAACCUGGCGCCCUUUAGCUACUUCCAGGUGGUCGACCACGACCCGCCGCUGUUCAUCGUGGGGUUCUCGUCGCGGCCGGGGCGCGCCAAGGACACGUACCGCAAUCUGCAGGCGACGGGCGAGUGCGUCAUCAACACCGUCUCCGAGGGGAUGAUCGAGGCCGUCAACGCGACGGCCAUCGACGCCCCCUACGGCGUGUCGGAGUGGGAGAUCAGCGGGCUGACCGAGGCGCCCAGCUCCACGGUCACGCCGUCGCGCGUCCGCGAGUCGGUCUUCUCGGUUGAGGGCCGGGUGCUGGAGAUCAAGGAGUUCGCCGCCCACAGCCCCGGGAUGAGUGUGUCGGCGGUGGUGUUGAUCAAGGCGACGCGGUUCUGGGUCGAAGAGGGGGCCGUCGAUGCCGAGGGGAGUCAUAUUGAUCUGGAGAAGUUGAGGCCCGUGGCGCAGUUGGGGGGUGUGGCGUACGGGCGCAUCACGUCGACAUUUGAGCGGCCGCGGACGAAGUGGGAGAUCGAGGUGGAGAAGAGUGAGGUGUUGAGGGAGUUGGAGCGGAAGAGUGAGACUGAGAGGCGGUAG